AAUUGGAAAAAUAAGUUGGAGGAGGCGCGCGCGCGACAAGCACCACACUUCAUCGAAGAGACCGCUCCUACGUCGAGUGUGAGCAAGUUGCGAGAGUGCCGGCGAGUGCUCUGACUGAGGAUUAAUAACUCGAUUCAAAAGCAAAAGGGAGAGAGAGAGAGAAAGAGAGAGGGAUGAACAAGAUAGAAACAGUUUAAAAAGAGAGACCAAUAACAACAAUUGUCGGUUUUUAAUAAUUCCUUAACUUAUUAUUUAACGCGUCCCUUUUGAAUUCGAAGUAAAUCUUGUGUUUUUAUAGUUCCAAGUGUUUCUUAAAGAAGAAAAGUGAUUUUUCAUAAUAAUCAGUUAAUCUUGUGUGACCUAAUGGUUAAAAUAUAUCGUAAAUUUGUAAUAUGAACGGAGGAAGAUAAAAGAUGGAGGAGGAGAAAAGAACCGAAACCUCACCGAAACCAUCUCAACCAACACCGUUCAGCAUCGCUGAUAUUCUAAGUCGUAGAACGUCUAACGGUGAACACGAAAAACAACGUACGAUCGUCACCGAACACGCCGACGAAAUUAUUCAAUCAGGUGUUUGCGAUUCGGUUAAGAGAACGUUCGAACGUGAUAUUAAUAACGGAGGAGGACAAAUCGAACGUGAACAACGUUUAAUCGUAACUGGUUUUCCAAGAUUACCCUCGCCCGAAACAAACAUGUCACGAGAGUUGGAUAUACUCAGGAGAAAUCUAGCUCACGCUAAUCUCACGAGUUUUGGUGGUUUGCCGCACUUAGGGCAGGCAUCUUUCAAGCAUCUCGAAACUUUGGGUAACCUUCCAGCUUAUCAGACCACCAAGGAAUCCAGGGAAUCAUCUCAAAGGCAACAGGACGAGGCACUGGAUAUGAGCAAGAACAAAUAUCUUGAUGAUAUCGAGGAGGAUAUGUUCGAGUCGCAAAAUCACGGACAAAGUUUGCAAAGUAGAAAAAAACGUAGCAGAGCAGCUUUCUCUCAUGCUCAGGUUUACGAAUUGGAAAGAAGAUUCGCGGCGCAGAAAUAUUUGUCAGGACCCGAACGAGCGGAUCUUGCACGAGGAUUAAAAUUAACCGAGACCCAAGUUAAGAUUUGGUUUCAAAACCGACGAUAUAAAACCAAAAGACGUCAACAACAGGAAUUAGGAGCAAUAGUGAAUUCCGGAAACGCGAGACGCGUAGCCGUACGCGUUUUGGUACAUCCGGAUGAACAUUUGAGAGGAUUGCCUCUUCGUGGUUCAGGACAACUUCCUGGACAAAUGUCGAGCCCGCAAAUUCAUCCGGCGAACAAAGCCCUCGGAGGUUUCCCUUACUAUUGUCUGCCCUAUCACCCUUUGCUUUGUCCGCCAUUACACUCCACCCACAUUCAGGUACAAAACGCUAUCGCACCGGAUCUCGAUCAGGGACAUAUAACAAAAUUGAAUAACGACAAGUAAAAUCGAAAUUCUAUCAAAAUCCGAUAUCUCGUUUUUUCUAUUUCUGAUGAAUAAAAGAGAAUUAAACGAAUACCAGGAACGAAAAAAAAAAGAAAUGAAAUCAGAAGAAUCCUUGAUCGACGUUUUUAUCUUCGACGAGUUGUUUGGUUUGUCGAAUUUUUAUCUAGGGGAAA